UCGAUGGUCCCCCAAAUUCCGAAUUAGUCAAAGGGAGAGACCGACUCUUCCUCUUUCCUCUCUCUCUCUCUCUCUCUCUCUCUCUCUCUCUCUGGGACCGCAACACGCAUCGUCUUCUCACUUACCUCGCCGUCACGUUCGGGCGCAGCACAAGCUUCGCUAACGAACACCCAUCACUCCCAAAUCGAUCUUCAUAAGCAGAUUUCAUACCUGAAUUCUCCUUCACGUCGCAUUUCGCUUCAACCCCAUUAGCGGAAGAACGGGAAAAAUCGAUACUUUAAGCUGAUUGUUAAUCUGUAAUGGCGGUCGCGACGGCGGCGGCGCAGCCGCUGAGCUGCCGCUUCAUGCCUAAGAGGGUCUGCUUCUCCUUCGCGGCCUACGCCAAGAGCCUCAUCGACCACCUCGUCUCCUGCAACAUCCCCGUCCUCGAAGGCCUCACGGAGGCUGAAUUCGCCUACCUGGAGUCCGGCUUCUCCCUCGAUUUCCCGCCAGACCUCCGGUCGAUCCUCCGGGAAGGUCUCCCCGUCGGUCCCGGGUUCGUCAACUGGCGGUCGUCUUCCCCGCAGCAGCUCCAGAUUCUCGCGAGCCUCCCGGGCCGGAGCCUGAUCAAGGAGGUGUCGCAGAGCGGUUUCUGGUGCGACGCGUGGGGCGAGAGGCCAAGCGAUCGCGACGGAGCGGUCGAGUUAGCGAAGAGGUUGUUGGAAGAAUCGCCGGUUCUGGUGCCGGUUUACCGGAGCUGCUACAUCCCGGCGUCGCCGAACGCCGCCGGCAAUCCGGUUUUCUACAUUGACGGGGGGGACGUCCGCGUGCUGAGCUUCGACCUCGCCGGAUUCUUCCAGGAGUCCGAGUGGAUGCGCAUCGGCGUCUUCCGGCCGGCCCGGAAGGUGCCGCCGAGAAUCGGGGCGCCGGCGUGGGCCGCGAAGGAGCCGCGGUGGAUCGAGUUCUGGAGCGACGUGGCGGAGAGAGGCGGGAGGCGGGAGCAGCCGGCGGUGACGGCUGCGCGAGGGAGCACGCGCGGGUGGUGGUGCGGCGGUGGCGGAGGUGGAGGCAAGCUCGGGGCGUGCUUGGAGGAGGCGUACUGGAGGCUGAGGGACGGAGGCUGGAGGGAGGAGGAAGUGAGGGAGAUGUUGUCGAUGGACGGCUGCGAUGGGAGGGUGAAGGCGGGGGAUGACGUGGCGAGAUCCCAGGAAGGCCUUGCUUGGCACGUGAGAGCGUGGUCUCUGGAAUUAUUGCGUGCGGGAUGGAGCAAGGGGGAUGUGGCGGAGACUCUUGGGAUCAACGUUGACGAGAAGAGCGAGGUCGGUCUCUGUGUUCCUGAUGAUCGAGGCUAAGGUUGGGAGCACCCGAAACGACGUCGCGAGACAAGAGGGCAUUUUCUGUUGAGCUACACUUCGAGCGAAUGGAUGGCGUCAUAAAUCUCUUAAGAUCAUGAGCGCUCCUCAUUUUUCCGGAUUUUGUGCUUUAUACUCAUACAUACAAUUAUAAAGAUUUAGGUAGAGAUUAUCAUGUAAAUUUUCUGUUUAGUGUAAAUACAAAACCUGUGGGAGAGAUUAU